AGGCUGUAUAUAUAUUCCGCGUGUAGCGUCUCAGAGCAGGGUUUGCGCGAGCGGACUGUGCGGGAUGGAAACGCGCUGUUUAUGUCUUUUACUGGUCUGUGUGCUGUCACUGAACCACGCCACAGCCGACAAUGGCAGCGUUAAAAAGAUGAAAAUGCAUUAUACAGGAACGCCACUGCUGAAGUUUCAGAUUUGUGUGUCCUGAGGGUACAGGCGGGUGUUUGAAGACUACACCCGGGUUCUCACCCAGAGGUACCCAGACAUCCGCAUCGAGGGAGAAAACUUCCUGCCACAGCCUCUUUACAGACACGUAGCUUCCUUCCUCUCUGUCUUCAAACUCGCAGUGAUAAAUGUUGUGUUUGUGACCUCGGUUUGUUGUGUUUUUGUUAAGAUAUAUGCCUGCAUGAUGGUGUUCUUCCUCAGCAACAUGAUAGAAAACCAGUGCAUGUCCACUGGAGCCUUUGAAGUCACACUUAAUGAUGUGCCCGUGUGGUCAAAGCUGCAGUCAGGACACCUGCCCUCCAUGCAGCAGCUGGUGCAGAUCCUUGAGAAUGAGAUGAAGCUGAGCGCACACAUGGACUCGCUCCCACACAGACGCGCGUAGAGCUGUAGGAACUAAACCGACCGCUGUGGCUUGUGGGAAGUCUGGUAGUUUUUAUGCAACCAUAUAAAGAUAUUAAAUGUGUCCACAGGGUUUCUGUGAGUGUUAAAGUUUCACUAAAAACCUCAUACAUCACACU